AUGUCGGAUAAAUCCAAUUACUUGAGGAAUAAAUUGUUGCUCAAAUCCACUGGCAUAGGGACGGAGAAUAAAUUGUUGCCCAAAUCCAAGUACUUGAGGAAGGGAAAGUUCAGAUCCUCCACGAUCAGGCCGCUGAGCUUUGACGAGCCCGCCGGUGAUUUUGGGGAAUCGGCAGGCAGGGGGAUGACGGCAAGAUCUGCCCAGGAAUCGAGCAUCGGAUGUGCAUGGUCUGUCGCAACGCUAGACUUCAAAGAGCUUGAGUCUCUGUUGGCUCGUGGUCGCCUUCACGACGUGAGGAAGUCGCGAUGUCGGGGCGUGGCGGUUCUCGCGGCGCGACGCCUGGGUCGUCUGCCCUCUCUGUUGCCUCGUGAACAGCAUCGCAGCGGCGUGAGGUGCUAUUGUUGCGGCAUGCGUGGCCUUCGCGGCACGACGUCUGGGUCGAUUGUCCCCUCUGUUAUCUCGUGA